UCUGUGAGUAUCUGUGUAAUGGCUUUACAGGUGUGCUGGAUGCGUGGGUUCUUUUGUUCUUUAUAAAUCCGAGAAAAUCAAUGAUACCCGUUACAGAAUUUUACUUUGUUCAGUUUAAUCUUUUAUGACUUAGCCUGAGUUUGGAUUGGAUUUGGCUUAUGGGUUGUGGUGUUUUGAUUUGUUUGGGAAAUUGUAGUUGAGAGAGAUUAUGGGUAGCCUUUUGGGCUCUGUGAGAUUGAGUUUGUAAUUCAUUUUUAGGAUUUGCGAACAUGGAAUGUAGGUUUUCUUAUGUGACGGGUCGUCUUAUUACAGUGAGGGAAUUUUAACCUAGUCAUAGCCAUUGCAGGACGACUCCUUUGAAUCUGAAUAUUAUAAAUUUGAAUCUGAAUUUUUUAUAGUAUUUUUUUGGAGGCGAAGCCAUUCUUGACAUGAUUGUUAUAAUUACAUUUUCUUUUCCCCCCUUUUUUUCUUGCUUUCAUUAAAAGAGAUUUAAUGUGCUGAGUUGUGACUAUAAGGGGUGUUUAAGUUUGACAGUGUGUUGUAGUAUCAGAAUUCUCACGCCUUUUAUAAAGAUCGGGUAACUCUGUAAAAUUUAUUUGGACCAGCUAGGGUCAAAACAAAGCCUUCUCCAACAUGCUGUUGGAUGUUCUACAACAAGCUUUCGUUGAUGCCGUAUUUAUUGGGUAGUCACACCAAUAAUGUGAUUUGAAUCUGUGUCUAAUAAUAUCUAGGCCACUAGCAUUAACCAGGUGGAUUUCUACCGAUGCCUCCACUUCAAGAUGCACUUCUAUGGUCGGGGCUCCUAUUUUGGCUCUGAUGCCUUGUUAAAUUUUUGAGAACCAACUAGGACUCCAACCUAGGAUGGUCCAUUUGCUACCGGGAUGCCCUAGCACUGAGUAAGGAUUGUUUCAAACGAAAUGUUUGUUCUCUUUAGGAUAUAUUUUCUGAGCUUUGAUUUAUUUUCUUGGUAUAUUGAAGAUUUUGCACUGUUAUUAAGCCUUACAAGGUCCUCUUUGGCAGGAUUUUGGUUUCUUACAAUAAGUAGGCUUUUUCAGUUUGAAAUAAAAUUUUGCAAUUUUAUUUUGUGUUCUUAAUUCCAGAUUUGAAGUACAAGUUUGUAUUCUUGACUUGAUUUAAGGUUUCAUGUUCUACGUCAUGAUGUAUGAAGUAUGCAAAUCUUUGGCAGGAAGAGUUGGUUGUUUCAUGUCUAUUUUUAACUGAACAAGAUGGGUUUUCAUUUCUGUUUCUGCCAAUGCAAGGAUCAGAAUCUAUGAACAAGAUGGCGAGCAUUCUAAGCCUCCUUGGAGAUGAUAUUCUCUUGAGGAUUCUGAGGAGUGUGAGGAGCCCCACAGACAGGAAAUCAUGGUCUCUGGUGUGCAAGCACUUUUAUCAUUUGGAAGCUCUUUGCAAGGAAAGAUUGCAGCUCUUAAGAAGGAAAAUGUUAACUAGGAUUCUGGAGAGAUAUGGGAACCUCCUGCACUUAGACUUUUCCCUGUGCCCACAGAUCACUGACGAAUGCCUGGAACAGGUAGCUAGAUUAUCAGGGCAGCAUUUGCGUUCUAUAAAUCUUUCUAAACUGAGCUGUUUUAGUCACAUUGGCCUGUUCAUGCUGGCGAAAGGCUGCGAGAACUUGGUGGAAAUUGAUCUUUCUAGCUGCUCCAGAAUUGGGGAUAAAGAGGCUGAUGCUAUUUCUCAGGCCAAGAAUCUGCAGUCACUGAAAUUGGUGAAGUGCCAACAAAUUUCUGACUUGGGUUUGGUUUGCAUAGCAGUGAGAUGUGGUAAACUCCGUUACUUGAAUCUCAAAUGGUGUGUUGGGAUAUCUGAUUCAGGCAUUGAAAUGGUUGCUGUUAAGUGCAAAGAACUUAGGUUUCUUGAUCUUUCUUACUUACAGAUAACAAACAAAUCUAUAGCUUCUGUAGCACAGCUUGAGUACCUAGAGACCUUGGUACUGGUUGGUUGUGUCUCAGUAGAUGACGAAGGCCUUGAUUUUCUCAAAGAUGGCUGCAAAUCGUUGCAGAGACUUGACGUUUCAAAGUGUCAGAAUGUGAGUUGCAAUGGCAUAAUCUCUGUUACAAGUGGUUCUAUACCCUUGCAGCAACUUACAUUGGCCUAUUGUGUUCCGCAGGUCACAAGUGCUAUUUUUGCAUCUUUGCAAAAGUUUGAAAGUCUCCAGUCAAUUAAAUUUGAUGGCUGUGAAGUUUCUAGCUCAGGGCUCGAGUCUAUUGGGAAGAGCUGCAAAUAUUUGCAGGAACUAAGCUUAAGUAAGUGUAGUGGUGCAACAGAUGAAGGAAUUUCUUUACUUGUGGCAGGUUGCAGAGACUUGAGAAUUGUGGACCUCACCUGCUGCCACAAUCUCACUGAUGUUGCUGUUUCAGCCAUUGGAAUGUCUUGCACAAAUCUUUCAUGUCUCAAGAUGGAAUCAUGUAGCUUGGUCACUGAGACAAGCUUAAAUGUGUUAGGUGAUAACUGUCACUUUCUGGAAGUCCUUGACCUCACCGACUCUAGCAUAAACAAUACAGGAUUGAAGUUCAUUUCCAGAUGCUCGAAAUUGACUACCUUAAAAUUAGGAAUAUGUGAAAGUAUAUCUGAUGAGGGAUUAACAUAUAUUGGUGCUCACUGCUCAGAUCUUCUAGAACUUGAUUUAUACCGGUCGGCAGGAGUUGGUGAUGUUGGAUUAGCAGCAAUUGCCUGUGCUUGCCCAAAGUUGAAGAUAUGCAAUCUCUCAUAUUGCAUAGCGAUCACAGAUGAAUCACUAAAAUCUCUUUCUCAACUUGAAGGGCUUCACAACCUUGAGAUUCGAGGUUGUAUUCAUGUAACUUCUGCAGGACUUUCUGCCAUUGCCAUGGGAUGCAGGCAUUUGGUAGAGUUAGAUAUCAAGAGGUGCUGUUGUGUUGAUGAUGUGGGAUUAGUGACUCUUGUUCAUUGUUGCCAAAACCUGAGACAGAUAAACAUUUCAUACUGUCCAAUUUCAGAUGUUGGGAUGUUGGCAUUAGCCAAUCUCAGUUGCUUGCAAAAUAUAAAGCUAGUGCAUCUCAGGAAUGUGUCUUUAGAUACCUUUGCAUUUGGUCUUUUAGCUUGUAAGAGCUUAAAGAAAAUCAAAGUUCUGAAACAUCUGAAAUCGCUCCUACCACCAGGUAUAUUUGAACACUUGGAAGAACAAGGCUGCAGAAUCCGGUGGAUGGAUAAGCCUCUUUGAUGUAAUUGACAGUUUUGUAAUGUUGGAUUCAUGCUUUUGGAAAUGAACAAUUUUUUAAAACAUGAACCGGAAAAGGUACAGCUUUGGAGAUGAACAAUUUUUUGAAACCAUGAAUGGGGAAAGUUUUGUCUUUGUAUA